CUUUUUUUUUUUCUCGGCCAUCAUGGAGUCGCUUGUAGAUUUUGUUCCCCAGUAUGUCUCCUCACAAGACUUUCAGGAUCAAGCGAUUCCUGGCCAAGAAACAAAAGCAGAAUCGUCCCAUUCCUCAGUGGAUUCGAAUGAAAACUGGUAAUAAAAUCCAGUACAACUCCAAGAGGAGACAUUGGAGAAGAACCAAGCUGGGUCUAUAAGGAGUCACACAUAAGAUGCACACACAUUUAUGCUGUAUCAAAGUCAUAUGCACUUACCAACUCACUAUAAACAUUGCUACUAUCUGGGUAAUUGGGUGUGUUUUAUUGAGGAAAUGAUUUUUAUGCCUCUGCUUUCGUCUGUUUAUUCAGUAAUAAAUAUGUGAAACCUUU